AGUGUGGCAAGAGCGGUGCAUUCUGGGAUGCAGUUUAUCAUCCCAUUGGCUUCCUGGUUGACCAGAAGUAGACCACGUGGUUUGUGUUCCUUUCUAUCUUUGAUGUUUCAAGCAGCAAUUGAAAACUACUCGGUUUUCAAUUAAGAGAGGCCUCUCCGUUUCGUCCCGCCUCCAACUAUGGGGGUGCCUCCGCACCCCAAGAAAGGGGGCAAAAAGAAGAAAGAUCAGCGGAAACAAGCUCCACCUCCUGACUCGGUUGAAGCCAGUGGGAGCAAAGAAAGCAAAAAGGUGUCCAUCCCCAAACUGGACCAGGCUUCGGCUGAGUAUUUCCGUCGGGCUCAUGACACCUUGAAAUCGGGGUUCGAAUCUGAGGAGGAGAAAGGUCUGUUUAUUAGCAAUGUCUUGGAAGAGGCUGAAGCAGUGGCCCUGCCCUUAGCCCUGGAUACAUCCGGUUCUCUGCUCCUCCAGGCCCUGAUCCCCUCCACUUCAUCGUCCAGCUUGAGCCGCUUCCUCCAGGCCUUGAUCCCCUCCUUGCCCCUGGCUGCUUGCCACUCCUGUGGGGCCCACAUCCUGGAGGCUGUCUUGCUGCGCUCCCCGUUACUGAUCAGGGAUGGUGCCGAGGACUCUGAGACGCUGGAGGACCUCGUUCUGGAACUGGGAAGGACAGUGCAGAAGGAACUGUCCACUUUUGCUUUGGACGCCCAUGCCAGUUUUGUGGUGCGGACGCUGCUUCAGGUGCUCGGAGGGGUCCGAGUCGGGUCAGACGGAGGCCGAGGACUCCCGGGUUUAGGAAUUUCAAGCUCUAGAGCAAAGCGGGCCAAACCAGAAAGUGAUUUGCCUUUGGAAUUUGAAGUCCCGGACUCCUUUAUUUCCCUCCUCCAUGAAUUCGGUGGCUGCUUUCAGGAGCACAUUUCAGACUUUAUUACCAACAAAUAUUUCAGCCUCUGCCUCCAAGUGGCCCUGGAAGUCUUACAUAGGAAGCUGCCUGACUCCUGUUCAGAGCUGUGCUGCUCAGUGAUUGGCUACCUGAGCUCCUGCAACCCGACCGCUGGGCAGAGUCCUCUCCUGGUGUUCCUAAAAGAUGCCACCUGCAGCCGGGUGCUGGACAAGGUCCUAGAAGUGUCCAACCCAAAGGCCUUGCGGUCUUUCUACAAGGCACAUGUCAAGGGGCAGCUGCGGGUCCUGGCGGAGCACGGAGUGGCCAAUUUCACUCUGCAGCGGCUCAUUCAGGCCGCCUCUCGGAAGCUGCUGGGACAACUCUUUGAGGAGCUGAGCCCAGGAGUGGAGGAGAUCAUGGCCCAUGAGCAUUUGGGUGUCAUCACGGCGCUCCUGGGGGCCUGCAGAAAACGUGGGGCGUACCAGCAGGAGGUGCUGCAGAUCCUCAUGGAGGCUUUUCACUGCUGGGAACCUCCCUCUCGCCAAGCGUCCUGUGUGCCUCUGUUUGCUUCUGUGUUGGCCUAUGAAGUGUAUUACAGUGAAGAGGAUGGAGAAGAUCCACCUCAGGGUCAGGAAGCCACAUCCCAUCCUUUAAGUUCAGUCUCAUACCACGGUUCCCUUAUGCUCCAGCACUUGCUACACUUUGCUGAUCCCUCCAUGGUGCUGCGCAGCUUCGGGGCCAUGACUCCCAAGGAUCUUGUCAUCCUGGCUUGUGAUCCUGCAGGAAGCCACGUUUUUAACGCUCUCCUGGACAGUCCCACUGUCCCCGAAAAACAGAGGCGGAAGGUGCUGCGGCUCCUCAAGGGUUCCUACCUCUCUCUGGCUUGUAACAAGCAUGGAAGUCGUGUCCUGGAUGCCAUUUGGAACAAAGCCAGUCUGCCAGCCAAGCAAGCCAUGGCUCAAGAAUUGGCUGAGCAUGAGCCACAGCUCCGCCAUGACCCUUUUGGCCAUCAUGUGUCCCGCAACUUUGCCUUGACCCAUUUCCUCAAGCGCCGCCAGGAUUGGGACCGCCAUCAGGAGGCAGAGAAGAAGCGGAGGAAUCUCUUUGCUGAGAUCCUGGAUGGUUGAAUCAGGUCAAGGAUUGGGACAUUGCAUACUUUUAGUUGCCGCUGUGGCGUUUUGCCCGUGAGAAGAAGCAAAGGACCUGCCAUGUGGGUACUUCUCUGCGUUCAUGCUCCACACAACAGUUCCUGAGCAUAGAAAUGCUGGAGGACAAUGUACCAGGGGUUGUUGAGGGGCAUCCCUAUCAUCUGCUCUGAAAUGGAUAUAAUUUUGCUGGUUAUUAAGAACCCCCUUUUAUAACA